CCGUAGACCUCCGUGGUCUCGUAGAUACUACAGUUGUAGGGACCCAAGUCCUUCCGUAUAUAUCGGCAUUGCGCAUCUUGCAUGUCGCAAACUCAUAUUCUGCGACAAGCUUCCAGCCGACUGGAAACUGUCCCAAGGCAAAUGUAUUAGAAUUUGAAGUCGAAAGACGACUCAGAGUAUUGACUUGAACAGACACGGAAGAACAAUAGUUGUAGAACAGACACGGAAGAACAAUAGUUGUAGUCGACAGCCUAGUGGAUGCGGAACAAAUGCUGCUGCCUGUUGUACUAGGCGGAAGAAGCGGACAGCGAGUGGACACUUCCGUUUAUACCAUAGGAGGUUUGGCAGACGGCGAGUGGACUUUGUCGCUUUUAGAUAUUGACGUGUGCUGAGACUGAGUGUUGUCCAAUUGAAGAUUCCAGGCUUCCACUUGCUAGGGGACCUGGUUGUAAAUAGAGCAAAACUACUUGGUCCGGCUCAUCGCAAUUGUCGCUGAUCUCCCACGCACUUUUGACAGGUGACAGCAGUGGCAGUGGUGUUGACAUGGCUAUGGCGUCGGCAUUCCAGAUGCGUGUGUGCAUUGCCUUCAUCAUCACCUGCACACUGCUCCCGGUCGGGGCACAGGACGAUUAUUUGCUUCUCCCAUCGUUGCUUCAUAACGGUGGAGUAUUUACAUACGCUGAGGGCACAUCGCGUAACAGCAUCACCGAAACUUGCUAUGUUGCCAUGACAGCACCAUACAAAAUGUACAGGCUACAAUGGUCCCACGAGACGAACCUCUUGGUGUUCGGCGAGACGCACAACGGCAGCCUGUCCCUACCAUUGACCUGGCCAAGUGGCGGUGCCCUCACACCUGGUGAUAGAGGCAUGUACCGGUGUGCAGUGACCUAUUACAAUCCACCGGCGUAUACACAGAAUAUCACCGUUCGGGGAUCGCAAACGGUGGAGUUACAUGUGUCGGAGGCUCCACGGAUAUUGAAAGUAACCAAGACUCAGACGAAAUCGUCUCUCACGUUGAUGUGCUUCGCGCAUGGUGAGAACGUUUCCAUAACCUGGAAAAAACCGGUGGGAUUCUCGCUCACCACUCCGCCAGAGGCAGCAUCAAGUGGAGGGAAGACGUGGACAGCCAUUUCCAACCAGCCGUCCGGCUACACGGCGGGGACGUAUAGGUGUUCAGUGUCCAGCGCUGCUCAGUGUAACGUUCCCGGCAACCGCACCAGAGUGCUGCCGUGUUUCCCCACACCAAUAUCUCAGACUGUCACCGUACUGGCAUACGUGCAACCGAUUGUGGAGACGUUCUCAACCUUGAACAACACCAGACUGCUCGGUGAAAACGUCACGUUCUCCAUCACCCUGAAACACACACCAUAUCCACUGGCCACAAUCGUAUGGAUGCACAAUGGAUCUCCAAUCAACACAAGCUCAGACAGGAUGGAAUUGUCGAGCAAUGGCUUGCGCUUGGCACUGAUCGAUUUAUUACCCUCAGACAGGGGAGUGUACACCAUCCUGGUGAAGAAUGAUGCAGGAUCUGAUAGUGUGGCGUUCUCCAUCGGUAUUCAAGUUCCUCCAAUUGUGGACACAUUCUCAACCCUGAAUAGUACGCAAGCUCUCAACUUGAAUAUCUCAUUUUACGUUACCCUGAAACACGUACCCAAUCCACCGCCAACUAUCACGUGGCUCCACAACGGAUUGGCGAUCAACAUGAGCACGGGCAGGAAAAUAUUGUCUAGUAAUAUCUUGUCAUUGAGCUUGUCAAAUCUGGAGAUGUCCGACAGUGGAAUGUACUCAGUCAUGAUUAACAACGCCGUCGGAUCAAAGAAAGUGAUGUUCUUCCUGGAUGUUCAGGAGGCUCCACGGAUAUUGAAAGUAACCAAGACUCAGACGAAAUCGUCUCUCACGUUGACGUGCUUCGCGCAUGGUGAGCACGUUUCCAUAACCUGGAAAAAACCGGUGGGAAUCUCGCUCACCACUCCGCCAGAGGCAGCAUCAAGUGGAGGGAAGACGUGGAGAGCCAUUUCCAACCAGCCGUCCGGCUACACGGCGGGGACGUACAGGUGUUCAGUGUCCAGCGCUGCUCGGUGUAACGUUCCCGGCAACCGCACCAGAGUGCUGCCGUGUUUCCCCACACCAAUAUCUCAGACUGUCACCGUACUGGCAUACGUGCAACCAAUUGUAGAGACGUUCUCAACCUUGAACAACACCAGACUGCUCGGGGAAAACGUCACGUUCUCCAUCACCCUGAAACACACACCAUAUCCACUGGCCACAGUCGUAUGGAUGCACAAUGGAUCUCCUAUCAACACAAGCUCAGACAGGAUGCAAUUGUCGAGCAAUGGCUUGCGCUUGGCACUGAUCGAUUUAUUACCCUCAGACAGGGGAGUGUACGCCAUCCUGGUGAAGAAUGAUGCAGGAUCUGAUAGUGUGGCGUUCUCCAUCGAUAUUCACGUUCCUCCAAUUGUGGACACAUUCUCAACCCUGAAAAGUACGCAAGCUCUCAACUUGAAUAUCUCAUUUUACGUUACCCUGAAACACGUACCCAAUCCACCGCCAACUAUCACGUGGCUCCACAACGGAUUGGCGAUCAACAUGAGCACGGGCAGGAAAAUAUUGUCUAGUAAUAUGUUGUCAUUGAGCUUGUCAAAUCUGGAGAUGUCCGACAGUGGAAUGUACUCAGUCAUGAUUAACAACGCCGUCGGAUCAAAGAAAGUCAUGUUCUUCCUGGAUGUUCAGGUGGCUCCACGGCUAUUGAAAGUAACCAAGACUCAGACUCAGACGUCUCUCAUAUUGACGUGCUACGCAUAUGGCGAGCACGUUUCCAUAAACUGGGAACGUCCUGGAGGAUUCGCGUUCGUCAAUCCGCCAGUGCCCGCGUCAAGGAGAAAGACGUGGAAAGGCAUUAUCCGCCAGUUUUUCGGCUACCCGGUGGGGACGUACACGUGUAAAGUGACCGGGCCUGCUACGUGUAGCGUUCCCGGCUACCGGCAAGGUGUGCGGCCGUGUCUCCCCACGCUAAUCACUCAGACUGUCACCGUACUGGCAUACGUACCGCCAACUGUGGAUACAUUCUCAGCCUUCAACACCACCAGACUGCUCGGUGAAAACAUCACGCUUCACGUCACUCUGAAACGCACACCAUAUCCACUGGCCACAAUCGUAUGGAUGCACAAUGGAUCUCCAAUCAACACAAGCUCAAACAGGAUGCAAUUGUCGAGCAAUGGCUUGCGCUUGACACUGAUCGAUUUGUUACCCUCAGACAGGGGAGUGUACACCGUCCUGGUGAAAAAUGAUGCAGGGACUGAUAGUGUUGCGUUCACCAUCGGUAUUCGGGUUCCUCCAAUUGUGGACAUGUUCUCAACCCUGAACAGCACAAAGGUUUUCAACGAAACCAUCUCAUUUCACGGUACCCUGAAAUACACACCCAAUCCGCCGCCAACUAUCACAUGGCUGCACAACGGAGCUCUGAUCAAAACUAGCAUGAGCAGGGUGGGAUUGUCUAAUGAUGGUUUGUCUUUGAACUUGUCACAUCUGGAGAUGGCCGACAGUGGAUUGUACACUGUCUUGAUUAACAACACCGUCGGAUCAGAGAAAUUGAUGUUCUCACUGGAUGUUCAAGUUCCUGUGGUGGUGGACACGUCGGCAUCCUUGAUCUCUACCAAACUAAAGGGCGGGAACAUCACGUUCUACGUCACUCUGAAACGCGUACCCAAACCAUGGCCGUAUUUCACGUGGACACACAAUGGAUCACCAAUCAAUAUAUCGACUAUUGGUCUACAACAGGACAAGACUAAUUUCUCACUCACUAUUACUGAUCUUGGGAUACAAGACAGUGGAGUGUACAUGAUCUCUUUGAAAAAUACUCCAGGAUCAGUGAAUGUCACAUUUUCCCUGGAUGUUCAUGUACCGCCAACUGUGGAUACAUUCUCAGCCUUCAACACCACCAGACUGCUCGGUGAAAACAUCACGCUUCACGUCACUCUGAAACGCACACCAUAUCCACUGGCCACAAUCGUAUGGAUGCACAAUGGAUCUCCAAUCAACACAAGCUCAAACAGGAUGCAAUUGUCGAGCAAUGGCUUGCGCUUGACACUGAUCGAUUUGUUACCCUCAGACAGGGGAGUGUACACCGUCCUGGUGAAAAAUGAUGCAGGGACUGAUAGUGUUGCGUUCACCAUCGGUAUUCGGGUUCCUCCAAUUGUGGACAUGUUCUCAACCCUGAACAGCACAAAGGUUUUCAACGAAACCAUCUCAUUUCACGGUACCCUGAAAUACACACCCAAUCCGCCGCCAACUAUCACAUGGCUGCACAACGGAGCUCUGAUCAAAACUAGCAUGAGCAGGGUGGGAUUGUCUAAUGAUGGUUUGUCUUUGAACUUGUCACAUCUGGAGAUGGCCGACAGUGGAUUGUACACUGUCUUGAUUAACAACACCGUCGGAUCAGAGAAAUUGAUGUUCUCACUGGAUGUUCAAGUUCCUGUGGUGGUGGACACGUCGGCAUCCUUGAUCUCUACCAAACUAAAGGGCGGGAACAUCACGUUCUACGUCACUCUGAAACGCGUACCCAAACCAUGGCCGUAUUUCACGUGGACACACAAUGGAUCACCAAUCAAUAUAUCGACUAUUGGUCUACAACAGGACAAGACUAAUUUCUCACUCACUAUUACUGAUCUUGGGAUCCAAGACAGUGGAGUGUACAUGAUCUCUUUGAAAAAUACUCCAGGAUCAGUGAAUGUCACAUUUUCCCUGGAUGUUCAUGCUCUACCAGUAUUUGAGACACCAGUCAGUUAUGUAGAUGAAGGUAAAGAUGUCACCGUGCACUGCAGAGUUAGUAGUAUUCCAGCUGUGGAUGAUCUCUACUGGAUAACACGUGACACCGGACGACGAUUAGACUCUGCAUACCCUGCUAACGUUACCACACCCAGCCAUAUACCAGCAGUAACCGCUCCCUUCACCACUACGGCUGGACAGAUGAUGCAGCGAACAGCAUCACUGACACUGCGCAAUGUGACGAUCGGCGAGCGUGACAGAUAUCUCUGCAUGGCUAGCUAUCGUACACCAGCACGGCAGCAGAGUGCUCCACUCCUGUUCAAUACAACCCAACCUAUCGUAGUCAACGUGCGUCCUGUAUUUCACCUCUCGCCGGCCAAUUUGACAGUCGCGUACGGUUCAAACCUCACCCUAGUAUGUUCGGUUAGCAGUUUUCCACCUCUCAACUCCCUCACGUGGAGCCAUCACCACCAUGACAGCCACAAAGGUCACCACGCUGCACCGAAAUCAACAACACAGACACCGCCAACGGCCUCAUCGAUACUGUACAACUGGACCAUCACACUCGAGCUGACCAGUGUUGUCGACAUCGACGGUGGGCAUUACCAGUGCAUCGCAACGUAUGCCCGUGAGCCACGUCAGAGCACAGCCCAAGCAGUAUGGCUCAGCAGCGUGUCAGUUGACAUCGGCACUGACGCAGACAACCAUGCUUCUUCCCCCACCGCUAGCAAUAGAUCUGCGUGGAUCGCUAUCGGUGCUUUGGCCGCUACCCUCGUGGUCGCCGUGGCGACCGUCUUCCUGCUUAGUUUGUCGUCCAGGAAACAAGGCAGAUCUUUCUCGCGUGGAUUCACAGGCCAAAACUCUCACAGCUACGAUCGUCCUGGCAGGAGUUCAGUUGUGAGUGACUCGCCCACACCCGCACGUACAUCCCCGGUGCUGUACCAUGACGCUCUCUUUCCUUACAACACGAUGUCACGAAGAUCAUCGGCCUAUCACACUGCGCCGGUCUACGCUUCUAGUCCCCCCGGCAGCUCGAAGCCUGAGAGGCGAAAUGAGUACAAAAAAUCACUGCCUCUGGAGAAAAACGAGAUGUCUCGUAGACCGUUGAUGAGUGGAAUGGCCGUACAAAGCAGCUUGUUUAUCAGCCCAGGUUCUGUGCAAGACGUCGGCGGUGCUGGUGGAGAUGGUUCCCAGAGAUCCUGUGAGAACUGCGACAUCUACGCCGAAGCGGACUUUGAGGUUGCCAACCGUGCCGUUGCCAUCGGUAGCGCCUCCGACGGCAUCACGCUUGGCAACACCAUGCCGGCUGUUUCCAUGACGACGCUAGACGCGAGUCCGCACAACAUCAUGGAGGCUGGCUGCGCAACGUUUCUCGACAUCGGCUCGCCGCUGGCAUACAAAACGUCGUACAGCGGGCCGGGCAGCAUCGGCAGCAUCGGCAGCACAAGCAGUGGCGAGGCAGCGAGCUCCAGGAGUAGACGCAAGUCGCUGAAGCACGCCAUCAAAGUGAGCCUCGAGACCUCGGUGGAUAGCCUGGACUCCGCUUGCCCGGCGCUUCUUCCCAACAGCGCUCCCCGGGAAUGGCCUAUUCCCGAGCAGCAAGACUUCUACAGCUGUGUUCCCAUGGCCAUAGCAAACGGGGCAUUCGACAAACCUGACGAGGCAACGGACAUUGCUUUGCUAGGUGGCAUUGGCAGGGGUGGUAGUGGUGGCGGUGGUGACACUAGCUUCAUCGAGUGCUCAUCAGCUGUUCCGACAGAGUCCCCACACUACAGCAUCUACAGCCACGAGCUCGAUGCAGCGUUGGACGAUGGAGAACGGUUUGCCCUGGUGUCUAACGGUGGGAGCAGUGUCCCCGCGCCUGCGGCCCCAGCGUCACAUCUGGAGCAAGUGCUUGAUGCAGCGACGGCCAGCAAUUGGAACGCGAUGGCGCCGACUGGAAGCACUAUGCUGGUGCGUGGCCGUGGUACUGGUGGAGAUGGCGAUGGCACGACAGACUUUGAGUACGACGAGUGCUCGCCACCGAGAGUGUAUGACGCAUUAUCAGCCGUGAAUCCCGGACGAAGAACUAGCAGCGGUGUCGCCGGCGGAGUGGCUGAGUGCUCGGGCAGCGACUGGUUUGACUCUAGGUCAGCCUACACCACGUUCAGCACACCGCAGAGCAACGGCCGCCUGGCAGCUGGCAGCCAUACACCGGGCAAGGCGCACGGCCGCCUGUCCAUGACUAACAGCUUCAACAGCGACCUGCGUGAAAUGGAGCAGCACAAUACUACUGGCGUGGCGGCAGCAUCUCGUCGACAUGUCGGCAGCAAUCGUACGCCAGGCAAUCCACUUGACGGGCACGGCUCUGCUAACACUGCCACCACAGAGACGACAGGCUACAGCUUCUGGGACGAAGGCGGUGCCAGCAGCAGCGGCAGAAGCCGAAGCGGCAGCAGCAGCAGCAGCAAUGGCGAUCCCCGGCGCAUGUCCAUUCCGAAUUCGAUCCGGAACGUGAUCAAGGGCAUGAAGCAGCUAACCAAGCCUGCAUGGCACGACACGGCAAGCGAAUCCAGCACCGCCAGCGCAAAGCCGAAAGCCAGGAGGACUAGCUCUCUUCACAACACACAGGCGACGAACAAGUCCACCCAGUUGUCCGAGGUCAAUACCAGACACUCACUUCAUAAUACCACGCGAGAUCAACUGCUGUAUCAAGAGGAUUGGGUGAAAAAUGCCGCGUACGGCAUGCACCAGGUA